AACAGAGCAUAGUUAAUAAUUUCUCGUUGAGACUGAAACAGAACAAUCUGAGGGCAUUUUGCCGGGAAAACCUUGGGUGGAAGACUAAAUAAAUUAGAUUUCGGUUUGAACGCCUGUAAGAAAUUGGAAUCUUGAUCACGUCAAGUCUAAGAAUCAUAAGCAAGGGGAUUUAUUUGGUCAUCGUUUUGGAUUCAACGCACAACUCCGGUUACAGAGUUAGAAUCGUCCCAGUCCUCUUUGCGUUUAAGCAUAUACAUAUAGAAGAAGAAGAAGAAGAAGAAGAAGCAUGGAAGUAGACAAGGAAGAGUUCCUCAAGGAGUUUGGUCGUGAUUAUGGCUACCCAAAUGGUCCCAGGAGUAUCGAUGAAAUUCGAGCCACUGAAUUCAAGCGAUUAGACCAAAAUGGUCUUGUAUACUUGGACCAUGCUGGAGCAACUUUAUACUCGGAAUUGCAGAUGGAGGCAAUUUUUAAAGAUCUCAAUUCUAGGGUUUACGGAAAUCCCCAUAGCCAAAGUGAAGCUAGCUCAGCAACUCUUGAAAUAGUAAGGGAAGCACGCCAACAGGUACUUGACUACUGCAAUGCAUCUCCAAAAGACUACAAAUGCAUAUUCACAUCUGGUGCAACAGCAGCACUGAAGCUGAUUGGGGAGGCCUUUCCUUGGAACCAUGAGAGCAAUUUUAUGUACACCAUGGAAAAUCAUAAUAGCGUGCUUGGGAUCAGAGAAUAUGCUCUCAGUCAAGGAGCUGCAGCCUUUGCAGUAGAUAUUGAAAGUCCUGUGCAUCAUGAUGGAAUAAAGGUGUCACUACACCCAGUUCAACGGAGAUAUGAGGCUGAAUUUAUGGAAGGAGAGCCCAUGGGUGAUGCUUACAACUUGUUUGCCUUUCCUUCCGAGUGCAAUUUCUCAGGUUUUAGAUUCAGCCUUGAAUUGGUGAAGCUUAUUAAGGAUAAUUCAGAGAGAAUUUUGGGAGGUUCUCAAUUUUGCAAGGGAAGCUGGAUGGUCUUGAUUGAUGCUGCAAAGGGAUGUGCAACACAACCACCAGAUUUGUCAAAGUAUCCUGCAGAUUUUGUUGUAAUCUCAUUCUAUAAGUUAUUUGGCUAUCCAACUGGACUUGGUGCUCUCAUUGUUCGAAAUGAUGCUGCUAAGAUACUGAAGAAGAAUUACUUUAGUGGAGGCACUGUUGCUGCUUCCUUUGCUGAUGUGGACUUUGUUAAAAGAAGAGAAAGUGUUGAAGAGCUUUUUGAGGAUGGCACCAUUUCAUUUCUGAGCAUUGCAUCCAUGUGCCAUGGAUUCAAAAUACUCAAUUCUCUUACUGCACCUAGGAUUUGUCGGCAUACAGCAUCACUUACGAUGUAUGUGGAGAAGAUGCUCUUGGCUUUAAGGCAUGAAAAUGGGGCUAAAGUUUGCAUGAUUUACAAAAGUCAUGCUUCAAAGGUACUUUGUUGUGAAUCAGGUUCUAUACUGUCAUUCAACUUGAAAAGGCCAGAUGGCUCUUGGUUUGGAUAUCGUGAGGUGGAAAAAUUGGCUUCCUUAUCUGGGAUUCAGUUACGGACAGGAUGCUUUUGCAAUCCUGGAGCAUGUGCAAAAUACCUUGGAUUGUCUCAUUUGGAUCUUCUUUCGAACUUAGAGGCUGGGCAUGUUUGCUGGGAUGAUAAUGACAUAAUACAGGGAAAACCAACUGGAGCUGUUAGAGUAUCAUUUGGUUACAUGUCAACAUAUGAAGAUGCCAAGAAAUUUAUUGAUUUUAUCACAAGAUCAUUUGUAUCCACACCAAAUAAAUCUGCAAAUGGGAAUCUGUUUAGGCCAAGGUCCAUCCCCUUCUCAAGUGAUGGACAGGAAAAAAGACACUCAUCAGCGGGUUAUUAUCUGAAGUCCAUUACUAUUUUCCCAAUAAAAUCAUGUGGAGGAUUCAGUGUAGAAAGUUGGCCUCUGAGCAGUGCUGGCUUGCAACAUGAUCGGGAAUGGCUUCUUAAAAGUCUAACAGGGGAAAUCCUUACUCAGAAAAAGGUUCCUGAAAUGUGCUUUAUUAGCACUUCUAUUGACCUAAAUCAAGGACUAAUGCUUGUUGAGUCACCUCGAUGUAAGGCGAAGUUGAAGAUCAACCUAAGGACAGAUUCAUAUCCUUGUGCAAAAGAAGAAAUUGAAUUGCACGCAAAGAGAUUUGAAGUACAGCACUGUGAAAAUGAUGUCAACCUAUGGUUUAGCAAUGCUGUUGGUCGUCCCUGCACUCUAUUACGAUGUUCCAGUUCUAAGGGCUAUGUUUGCAGAAACGAGAACAGGGCUAUGAGCAUGUGCAGAGAUGUGGAGAGCAGAUUGAGUUUUGCCAAUGAAGCUCAGUUUUUAUUAAUAUCUGAGGAGAGCAUAUCUGACCUCAACAACAGAUUAAGCCAGACAGAUGUGCAAAAAGGAACUCACGGAACAUCCCUUCAAGUCAAUCCAAUGAGAUUUCGACCCAACCUUGUCAUAUCUGGAGGUGAACCUUAUGCAGAAGAUGGAUGGAGAAGUCUCAAAAUUGGGAACAAGUCUUUUACGUCAUUGGGUGGAUGCAACCGUUGCCAGAUGAUCAAUUUUGUGCAUCGAAGUGGACAAGUGCAGAGGUCAAAUGAACCUUUGGCGACUUUAGCUACAUACAGGAGAGUGAAGGGGAAGAUACUGUUUGGAAUAUUGUUAAGAUAUGAGAAUAGUGAUAAGACUGGGCUGCUGACAGAUUCUUGUCUUCAAGUCGGGCAAGAAGUAAAUCCAGAUUCAGAAAAGGGAUACACAAAAUACAAGGAAUAACAUAUUAUAAAGUCUGACUCCAGGAGGAUAAAAAGAAAGAAUUUUGAUUUUAGAAUUUCUCAAAAGUGCAAUCUACCUAGGGCAGGGAUACACAAAUGUACAAGUUGAGAUGUCGGAGCCACACUUGCUUAAUUCAUGUCACGUUAUUCUGGCAACGGUAGCCGUUGAAGUGUAUUUCUGUCAAAAUCUAUUGAUGUAACUAUGUUUCAUACUGAAUGUUGAUCAAUAACUAUAAUUACGCACAAAUUUUCUAUGAAA